AUGGUUAGGCCCACCUUAAAUGGCCCCUUUAAGUCAAUUGGGGAAGGCCAUGAUUCAGGAUUUUUGGAAGCGGAAUUUUCAGAAGAGGAAAUCUUAAGUGCUAUUAAAUCUUGUGGAGGGAACAAGGCCCUCGGGCCUGAUGGUUUUAAUAUGAGUUUUUUUCAGAAAUGCUGGCAUAUAGUGAAGGAGGAUGUCUUUCUAUUUAUGAGGGACUUUCAUCAAAAUGCCAAGUUGGUUAGAGGGUUAAACAGUUCCUUCAUAGCUUUAAUCCCAAAAAAUGAGAACCCAGCUAGCCUAAAUGAAUAUAGGCCCAUCAACUUAGUAGGCUCCAUGUACAAGAUAUUGGCCAAGAUACUAUCAAAUAGGUUGAAACAGGUGCUGCCUAGGAUCAUAAGUGAAACUCAAUCAGCAUUUAUGAGGGGCAGAAACAUUUUAGAUGGUAUACUUAUUGCUAACGAGAUAGUAGAUGGGUGGAACAAGGCUAGAGGAUGUGGAAUUGUGCUUAAACUGGAUUUUCAUAAAGCUUAUGAUUCUGUCAAUUGGGAAUUUUUGUUUUCUAUCUUAUUUAAUUUUGGUUUUGGUCCUAAGUGGAUGAGUUGGAUGAAGGAAUGUGUUGCUUCUAUAAGAACUUCAGUGUUGGUUAAUAGGUCACCAACUCCUAAAUUUUGUCCACAGAGGGGUCUUCGACAGGGAGACCCACUGUCACCUUUUCUGUUCAUCAUUGUAGCUGAAACACUUAACAUCUUACUGGGUAGAGCUAAAAACUUGGGUCUGAUUAAAGGUGCGUCUGUUGGGCCCAGUGGUCUUCAAAUCACUCAUUUACAAUUUGCGGAUGAUACCAUUUUGUUCUGUGAAGCUGACUGGGCAAAAAUAGUUAAUAUAAAACGAAUCCUCAGGUGCUUUGAAGUCUUGUCAGGACUUAGAAUUAAAUUUAAGAAAAGUGUGGUCUAUGGGGUAGGGAUUCCGGAUAAGCUGGGUAAGGAUUUGGCAAUAAGGUUGAAUUGUAAAUAUCAGAAAUUGCCCAUCAAAUACUUGGGGCUACCAUUAGGGGCCAGCCCAAGUAGUAGUAGAACUUGGCUGCCAGUGAUUGAUAAGUGUAAGCAAAAACUUGCUUCUUGGAAGAGAAGAUAUUUAUCCUUUACAGGUCGGUUGACCUUGAUUAAGUCUGUUCUUGCUAGCUUACCUAUUUUUUAUUUCUCAAUCUUCAAGAUGCUUGAGAUAGUAGCAAAAAACAUGGAAAGUAUUCAAUCUGCUUUUCUUUGGGAUGACUCAGAUUUAAGAAGGAAAGUGCACUUGUGGUGGUGGAGGUUUGGUGCUGAAGAGAAUUCCCUUUGGAAGGAUGUUAUAUGUGGAAAGUACAGGGAGCCAGGUUGGGCAUGGUUUCCUUCUACUGAGAGGGCUAGCAGGUUGUCCAAGAUUUGGGGUGACAUAAUUCGCACUGUGGCUUCUAGGGCAAAUCUUAUGCAAUUUUUUAGGAGUAAUACUGUAGUCAAGAUUGGGGAUGGUAGAAGAAUUAGAUUUUGGUCUGACUGUUGGUCAGAGGGUGUAUGUCUUAGAGAUGAGUUUCCUAGACUCUACUCUCUAUCAGUUGAUAAAGUAGGGUAUGUAUUCAUGUUUCACAGCAAUAGAGAUGCAUAUGGAAAUUGGGUGUUUAAUUUUAGGAGGCCUCUCUUUGCUUGGGAGGAAGAGGAGUUAAGUAGAUUGCUAGUGCAUCUCAGCAGUACCCCUUUGCUCAAAGCUAAUGUUGCUAAUUGUUUAACUUGGAAUACAGAUACAUCUGGUUGCUUCAGUGUCUCAUCUGCCUACCAGUGGUUUGAACUGGGUUUUGGUUCUACUAGUUUGAUUUCUAGAUCUUUGUGGAAGGCUCCUUCACCACCAAGAGCGCAAUUCUUUGGUUGGUUGGUUUGGAGGGGUAGAAUCAAGUCUGCUAGUUGCGGAGGAUUGAGGGUGGGGGCUGCAAUGGGCUUCACCAGGUUCAGUUCAGAGUAUUCUUCAGUGAUGAGGAAUGACUGUGUGUUUAAUGAGGUGGAGCCUAAUUUUAUAGCUCUAUGUGAAACCGUUGAGAUACGAAUUGCCUUGUGGGUUAAGUCCUUUGUCCCAAACUUGAACUACUCUGUCCAUGAUCUGGUGCAUAAUCUGCAACAGCUCAACAGGUUAUCAGCACAUCAGGUUCUGGUGUUUGGUUCUACUAGUUUUAUCAGCAUAUCAAGUGCAGCCAUUGAUCGUUGUUUUGAAGGUUUGCUUUAUUGUACUAGUCUGGAUACUGCUGUGUUGGUGUGCUCUGGUUGUAUGCUAGUUUGCUGGUCUGCUGCUUGUAGAGGAACUCUGCUGCUUGAAUGGAAAACUCUGCUGUUUGGAGAUGAUGUUGAGGGUAAUGCAUAUACCAUGAUUGAUCCUCCAGGAGCUGAUGUGUCUCAGGUCUAG